AUCAGGAAAAGCAGGAUGAGUCUCUCUACUAAAGACAAAGCCUUAGUGAAGACCUUCUGGGAUAAAGCUUCGAAAAAGGCGGAUGACGUCGGUUCAGAGGCUCUGUCCAGAAUGCUCGUCACCUACCCCGCUACAAAGACAUACUUUGCCAAUUGGGAUGAUCUGAGACCUGGUUCGGCUCCCGUACGCAAGCAUGGCAAGGUUAUCAUGAAGGGUCUUGCCACUGCCGUGAGUAAGAUUGACGACCUGGAAAAUGGCCUCAGCAAAUUGGCCGAGAUGCAUGCUACCAAGUUAAGGGUAGAUCCUGCCAACUUCAAGAUUCUGUCUCACUGCAUUCUCGUGGUUCUGUCCAUGAUGUUCUGGAAUGAUUUCACCCCGGAGACGCACGUCGCCAUGGACAAGUUCCUGAGCCGUGUGUCACAAGCGAUGUCUGAGAAGUACAGAUGAGAUGCUCACAGUUCAAAUUCUGAGUUACCGCUGUCAGGAUAUUAAAAUAAUAAAAAAUAUAUGUGAAACGAAA